AUGGACAAAGGUUUGAUCCUGAAUCCAAGAGAAGACUUUGAUAUUGACUGCUACGUCGAUGCUGACUUCGCGGGUCUAUGGAACGUCGAGGAACAUACGAAUCCUGAGUCGGUACGAAGCAGAGCAGGAUAUGCAAUCUGUAUCUGUGGAUGUCCAAUCAUUUGGAAGAGUCAAUUGAUGCGACCUAUUGCAGCUUCUACUAUGGAAGCGGAGUAUAAUGCUCUCGCUUUAUCUAUGAGGGACGUGCUACCCUUGCAGGAACUAUUCAAGACGAUUGGCCACGCUGUUGGAAUCGGCAAGGAGUUCUGCACUCAAUUCAGCACAACUAUUCAUGAAGACAACCAAGGUGCCCAGAAGUUGGCAUGUAUGGAACCAGGCCAUCAUACUCCAAGGUCGAAGAGUUUUUGGGUCCGGUCCCAUUGGUUUUGGCAGUACUUGAAGCCGACACGCACUAAAGUGGUCUACAUCAAAACCAACCUACAGAAGGCUGAUAUCCUUACCAAAGGACUUACCAAGGACAAGUUUCUUUGA